AUGGGCUUAUUCGCGGCGUGCGCUUUGAAUGGCGACGGACACGAAGAACAAUGUAUGGGCGCCUGUUACGGUACAGAGAAGGAAAAAUGCCGAGUAGGGUGGAGUACAUACUACAAAGGUAAAGAUUGCAAGAUAAGCGACAAAUUGUUGCUUAGAUAUUAUACAGAGUACAGUCACGGUGUAACAGUGAAAUGUAUGAGCGAUUGUGCCCAUUUCGGUGGAUACUAUAAGCCGUGGUGUGUCAAUGAGGACAAUUGGUGGCUGUGUGUUAAGGAAAUACCGCGAAAUGUAACUAGAAAAAUUCCAAAUUCAGGUAAAUACCAAUACUACCAUUGUUUGGAGGGCUGCACGGAUGGGUGGUGUGAUACUUACCCUAAUUCCUGGAAAUAUUGUGAUCCGUCUAAAACUGUAUUCGUAUCGGACAAUCCAACUGAGGUCGGCACACGAUGUGUGACGCGAUGUGGUGUAUGGGGUGAGAAUAUAUUUAAAUGCUAUGACACUAAGAAAAAGUGGGUAAAUUGUUAUCCCUCGCCAGAUGGUACAAAAAUUGUGAAAAGUUUUCAUCAAUAUGCUGAAAAACAUAAACACACAUUCAAUGAACGUGGACAAUUGGUUUCUUGUGAUACAAUAUCUAGGAAACGACGCAACAGUGAUUACGACAACGCCGAUGUCGAUGAUUUUGACAUGCUUAAGUUGGAAUCGAGAUUCAACGGCCACAACUCCGUCGAAGAGAUGGCCACGAGGCUGGAAGCCAUAUUCACUACAGAAACGUUACGUUGGCCGACGCCGCAGGUGAGCGGUGAUCUUUCUGAUAACCCGAUACUACAGUACACUGUGCGUAUCAUUCCCACCCCAUUCAAUAAACCUCAAAUUAUUUUACCGAUGGUCGUCAAAGCGAUGUACAGUACUUACACGCGUGCUACAAACCGCUUAUCAACAUACGAUGAAGUCAACUACAGUAAGCAGGAUCCGAAGCCAGAUUUGAAUGAUCACGAUUACAUCAUUCCAUACUCCUUGGGCGGCACAAACGACUCCUACAACAUCGUGCCACAGUCAAGUGCCUUGAAUCAAGAUGGACCGUGGGGACGUUUGGAGCGUAUCAUCAGAGAUUACAUCACUUCGCAUCCUACUGGGACUGUAGAUCACAUAGUGGUGAUCAAUUACAACUUCACCAAAUCGUAUCGACCGACGUCGUUUGGGAUUCGUGUGCGAUUUUAUGACGCAGAUCGGCAACUCGUCGAUGAGAACGGCCAGCGUCUCAAUUCAUUUUCGGACAAUAUUUAUGAAGAGUUCUAUCUUAUCAACGAAGAGUCGCCAUGUGGUAAUGAUUCAUUACCUUUAUUCUAA